AACGAAAUUGUAAAAUAAAUUGUUUGGAAAAGUGCAAUGCUCCGUAAUGGUUACUUAUUUGGAUUAUUUUUCUUGUGCUCCUUAAUUGUUCGUGCAAAUUUUAAUCCAAAUGUGGGUACAAUUAACGUAUCUGUAGUAUCAACAUGGGCGCAAAAGUUAGGUGGAGAAUUAUUCAAUUUUGGAGAAUAUGUUACUCGAAUGAAACAAGUUGAAGAGAGUUAUAAAUUAGCUACGCUUGUUGAACGUGAUGGUUCGGCUAUUGUUCAAGAUAUUGCCAAAGAAAUUAAUUUAAUGAUGGAUUUAAAAAUUAGUGCAAUAAAGCGAAUUAUGGAUUCUGCUGAAAGUGCGGCAAUAACCGAACAAAAUGAAAAUGUGCCGUCAGGUUAUGCAUAUUUUAAUGCGAAAAAUUUAGUGCCACCACCAGAAAAUGACACGGUCGGAGAAGGUUAUCGAGAAAUGAAAUUAACACCCAACGAACAUUUCUAUAAUCUUUCGGUGAAUGUUUCCCAUAGUGCUGUCCAUGUACCAACGAAUGUUUACGAUCGAUCUCAAGAAGUUAUCAAGGCAAUCAAAUGGUCGGAAAAUUUAGAUUCAAUUUUUAAAAGUAACUAUGAUGCAGAUCCCUCACUUUCAUGGCAAUAUUUUGGAAGUUCGACAGGAUUUAUGCGACAAUUUCCAGCGAUGGAAUGGAAACAAGAACCAGUCGACUUAUUUGAUUGCCGAACACGAUCGUGGUACAUUGAAGCAGCUACUUCACCCAAGGAUGUUGUAAUUCUUGUCGAUAAUUCUGGUUCGAUGACUGGAUUACGAAAAGAAAUUGCACGACAUGUUGUUAAUAAUAUUUUGGAUACAUUGGGCAACAAUGAUUAUGUGAACAUAUUUUCAUUUGCUAAUGAAACGUUAGAGAUUGUACCAUGCUUCGAAGGUUUACUUGUACAAGCAACAUUGGCGAAUGUUCGAGAAUUGAAAAUAGGAAUGGAGAGUAUUGAAACAAAUAAUAUUGCAAAUUUUACGGCUGCACUAAUCAAAUCAUUCGAAUUAUUGUUGAGUUAUCGACGAGAAAAGGAAGGGGCACGCUGUAAUCAGGCAAUUAUGUUGAUCACCGAUGGUGUACCAUAUAAUUUUAAGGAAAUAUUUGAACAUUACAAUUGGCAAGAGUUACCAUCGAUGCCAGUACGAGUUUUCACAUAUCUAAUCGGACGUGAAGUUGCGGAUGUUCGCGAAGUCAAGUGGAUGGCAUGUGCGAAUCAAGGAUAUUACGUACAUCUAAGCACUUUUGCGGAAGUCCGGGAACAAGUGUUACAAUAUGUACCGGUAAUGGCACGUCCAAUGGUAUUAUCAAAAUCUGAACAUCCUGUAAUAUGGACACCGGUUUACGCAGAUGUGACAGAUCCAAAAAUGACAGAUUGGUUAUGGGAAAUCAAAGAACGUGAAGAACAGAAAGAGAGCAUACAAAGUUAUCGAAAAAAUAAACAAUUUUUUAAAUCAAAAGAAGAACAAGAUCGGCGAUUUGUUGAGAAACAAAAACGGAAACAUGAUCAACAUGGUGACAUGCAAUCGUAUAAAUUAAUGACAUCAGUUUCGAUGCCAGUAUUCGAUAGGCGUGAAUUAGCUAACAUCACUGAAAAUAUACUCGUAAAUGAGGCAAAUUGGGUUACAAUUACCAGAGAGACACGGGUUGCAAAUUUAUUGGGAGUUGCCGGUACCGAUAUUCCUAUUCAAGAUAUUCAAAGGCUUAUGAUGCCGCAUAUUCUGGGUGUUAAUGGUUACGCUUUUAUUGUAACAAAUAAUGGUUUCAUCUUAAUUCAUCCCGAUUUACGUCCAGUGUUUCAGGGUAUUUUGAAACCUUCAUAUAACAGUGUUGACAUGGCUGAAGUUGAACUGAUUGACGAUAAUCGGGAACCGAGAAAUUUUGAUCCAAUGCUAUUAGAAUUAAGAGACGCCGUUAUUAACCAAUCUAUUGGCAGGAUCACACUCAGUGUUAAAUACCACUACGAUGAUAUGAGACGUGUGUCAAAAAUGCGUCGACAAUAUUAUUAUUAUGGCAUGAAAAACACACCAUUUUCACUUGUUAUUGCCAUACCAGAAACUUAUGGUCAAUAUCGUGUCCAAAUACCAAGUUCAGAAGAUAUACAUCGGUUGCGUGCACAAGGUAAAAUGGCCACAGAAUUUUUCAAGGAAAAUUGGAUCAUUCAUCCUGAUUGGACGUAUUGUAAAUAUUUACGAUAUGAUCCAGAACGUCGUCCACAAUUUUCAACGCCUGAACAAGAAUUGCUACACUUUUUAGAUCGAAUGAAUACUGGACCAUGGAAAUGGUUAAAACGUACUGCUUUUCCUCCGGAGAUGACAAACACCACCACUGGAAAAUCAGAAAAAGUGGAAAAAGAUUCUUAUUUUUGUGACAGGGAUUUAAUGCAAUCACUUGUUUGGGACGCCAAGAUAACAUCUUGGUUUUCCAAUAAUAUUACAGACACGCCGAAAGAAGAUAAAAGCCCAAUAGCCAUGUUGAUGGUAUUAUUGCCCAGAAAUGAAUUUAUACAACGAUAUGGUUUAACAAUUGUUUUUGUAUCAACGCAUAGUGGCCUUACACGAUGGCAAGAUUUUCCAUCACCUCGACAGAGUACAUCAAACGAACCACAUUUCAGUGAAAUUUAUAAGCGUGCUAUCGAUGAAACCUGGUACAAGAGAGCAGUUGAACACUAUUUUAUAAAUCCCAGAUCUUUUGUUUAUUCUGUGCCUUUUGAUGUUGGUGAUAAAAAAGACACUUUAGUAACAGCAACGCACGCAAUUGUUAAAACGGAAAAUGGUCGUGAAAAAAUUCGAGCACCAGCUGCGGUCGUUGGUUUCCAAUUCUUACAUUCAGCUCUGUAUACUCUUUUCAAAAAUAUUACCUCAAGUUGUGGUGGAAUAAAACCAUGCCAGAAGACAUGUACGUCCGUUGAUUUGGAUUGCUAUAUUCUUGACAAUAAUGGUUACAUAAUUGUUAGUGAGAAUAUGGCGCAUACGGGACGCUUCUUUGGUGAAGUUGAUGGUUUCAUCAUGGAAUUAUUAAUCCAAGAACAUGUCUACCGUAAAGUGCAAAUUGUUGAUUAUCAAGCGGUCUGUUUUGAACAGCCGGAAGUUACAAAUCCAGCAUCACAUAUACCAACUCCUUUAAUGUUUUUUAAACAUAUCAUGCAAUGGGCAAUCAGUUACACAAUAUGGAUGUUUGCGCAAACCACAUUCAUAUUUUCGAAUACAAUAAAUGCAUUUAGCUAUGCAUCAGAGGACAUAAGUUCAGCGUACGAAGCAUUCGAACCAGAUCCAACCGUGUCCGCUGAUCAACCACCAGUGAAAAUCAAUGAAAAAGAAUUCGACAUAGAUUCAGCGCGAAUCAAUCAAACACGUCCAAAGCCAUGCGAUAUGGAUGUGACAUUAUACGAAAUGCGAUUUCCAAAAGAUAAAAAAGCACCGUAUCCAUUUGGACAGCCGUCACACUGUAAGGGUGGGGAAGAAUCACCACGGCCAUUUGUUGUCGAACAAAUUUCGAACAGCAACAUGAUUCUAUUGGUUGUUGAUGCGUUAUGUAAACGUGAUGAAAAUGUUGGACCGAUUAUUACACUUCCGCAAGAAUAUAAAUAUAAUGGAUCAGAUACGUUGUCAUGUUUCAAAGUUCGUAGUCCCGAACUUUCGAGACGAAGACCAAGUAGUUGUAUUAGUUCGCAUAUGAAUGAAAGUGAAAUUGAAUUAUGUGGGAAAGGAAAUCGUAUAGAAAAUUCUUUAAAUAUGCUAUUAAGUAUUUUAUUCGUUUUCAUAACAAGGCUUUUUAUUCACUAAUCA